AUGGAGAUUGAAGUUCUGCACGCGAAAUCCUCGCAAUCAAUAACAACAGUAAGAGUCACCGACAGUACAACGAUCCUGGAGCUCAAAAAAGAGCUCGCUAGGCAAAAAAAGGCUCCGUAUGUAGAAAGACAGAGUUUAAGAGCUGAUGCCAGAGGAAAAUCACUUGGAGAUAAUGAAACAAUUAAAUCUCUGGCUCUGAAGGAUAAUAAGUUGUACUAUAAAGACCUGGGGCCGCAGAUUGGCUGGAAGACUGUUUUUUUGGUUGAGUAUGCUGGACCCUUGGUGGUCUAUCUUUGGGUUUACUCCAGGCCCUGGUUGUUUUAUGGAAAUACUAGUGCUGAAAUAGAUCAGGUUGCUCACUGGGCAGCGUUAUGUUGGACAAUUCACUACGCUAAGCGUAUCUACGAAACAUUAUUCGUCCAUCGAUUCAGUCACGCAACGAUGCCACUUAGAAAUUUAUUCAAAAAUUGCUCCUAUUACUGGCUAUUCACGAUGUACGUUGCUUAUCAUGUUAAUCACCCGCUGUACACGCCACCGAACAGCCUUUGCUCGCUCCUGGGACUGGCGAUGUUCGCGGUUUGCGAAUUAGGAAACUUGAGCAUCCACUUGGCUCUUAGGAACCUCAGGCCUCCUGGAACUAAUGUUAGGAAGAUUCCUGUCGCUACUUCUAAUCCUUUUACAGCACUCUUCAACUUUGUUUCCUGUCCGAAUUACACUUAUGAAGUCGGAAGUUGGAUUGGGUUUACAAUUAUGACUAAAUGUCUUCCAGCUGGAUUCUUCAUGCUGGCAGGCGCUUACCAGAUGACAGUAUGGGCGCUAGGAAAGCACAAACUCUACAAAAAGGAGUUCUCCAACUACCCAAAGAACCGCAAAGCCAUCAUUCCAUUCAUAAUAUAA